AGGAAGGUUGAAUGCGAGGAGCAGCACGGGUAAAUUAUUGAUUGGGACAGUCCUGCUAUAAAAGGAGACGCCGCCUGGGUUCUGCUCCUUGUCUUCAAAACGCCAAGAUGAGCUACGGAUCCGACAUCUACUCCGCCUCUUCCUACCGGAAGAUCUUCGGGGACUCCACCCGCUACUCAGCCUCUCCAUCCCGGCUGAGCAGCUCCCGGAGCGGCUUUAAGUCCCAGCCCACGAGCCGCUCCAACAUCCCAAGCUCAUACAAGCGCAGCACCCGAUCUGCCUUCCCAUCUUCAUCCUUGAGUCUGGAAAGCUUCGACUUCACCCAGAGCACAGCGCUUAAUAAUGAGUUCAAGAUCAUCCGCACCAACGAGAAGGAGCAGAUGCAAGGGCUCAAUGACCGUUUCGCGAUGUUCAUCGAGAAAGUUCGCAAUUUGGAGCAGCACAACAAAGUGCUGGAAGCCGAACUCGUGACCCUGCGCCAGCGCCAGACAGAACCGUCCCGUCUGGCCGAACUUUACCAGCAAGAGAUCCGAGAACUGCGCUCCCAGCUCGAGGAACUUAACGCGGAGAAGAACCAGAUGAUGUUCGAGCGCGACAACAUUGAGGAGGACUUCCAGAAACUCCAGGAGAAGUUCGAGGAGGAGAUGAGAAUGCGCGAGGAGGCUGAGCAAACGCUUAGAGCUUUCAAGAAGGACGUGGACAACGCCACCAUGGUGCGCCUAGACCUGGAGAAGAAGGUCGAAGCCCUUCUGGACGAGAUCAACUUUAUGAGAAAGGUGCACGAGGAGGAGGUGACUGAGCUCAUGAACAUGAUCCAGGCUACCCAGGUUUCCGUGGAGAUGGAAGUGGCCAAACCCGACCUCACCUCCGCCCUCAAGGAGAUUCGCGGCCAGUACGAAGUCAUGGCGAGUAAGAACCUGCAGUCCGCUGAAGAGUGGUACAAGUCCAAGUUCGCCGAUCUCAGCGAAAAGGCCAACAAGAGCAACGAGGUCAUUCGCGCUAGCAGGGAAGAGCUCAACGAGUUCAGGAGGCAGCUGCAGUCCAAGACCAUCGAGAUCGAGAGCCUAAAGGGCACCAACGAAUCGCUGGAAAGGCAGAUUCAUGAGAUGGAAGACAGGCACAACGCUGAGGUCAUGGGCUACCAGGAUACAAUUGGGCAGUUGGAUAAUGAGCUGAGGACCACUAAGAGUGAGAUGGCCCGUCACCUUAGGGAGUACCAAGACCUGCUGAAUGUCAAGAUGGCGCUUGACAUAGAGAUUGCAGCUUACAGGAAACUGUUGGAAGGGGAGGAGACACGUAUCAGCACCGGGAUCACCUACCCCACCCCCGCCUCAGUGUCCAGCUAUAGCUACCAGUCCCGUAUGUACAGCAGCUCUAGCGUUAGCGGAAAGAAGGAGGUCAAGGAUGAUGAUGACAAACAUCAACAGAGCAGUAAACCCGGCAAAGGCUCCUCCCAGUCCGACGACUCCAAGAAGAGUGACAAGAUCGACUCUGGAGACGUGAACCCCACCAACCAGAAAAACUAAACGUCUCAACCUUCUUUCUUUCUUCCACUCCUCCCUCUGCCUACCCUCUUUUCCCUUUUCCCAAGCAACUCCCCUCCACAAAGGGGGUCUCAGAGAGGAAUCUAGCGUAUUUUGACUAUUCUCCACUAAUUCACCUCCCACUCAAUCACAGGCAGCAGCCCUUCUGUAGCAAACCACUUACUACUCAAUACACACUCUUCGAUGCAUAUAUUCUCUGUUUCCAGGGCUUCACUGUGAGUCUUAUCGCCACUUUUAACUGCACUAAAACAGGCUUCGCUCAGCACAUUGCAUUAAGAAAAUGUUUGUGUGUUUAGUUUUGGUAAAGGUAUCAUUGUGCUGCAGUGCAAAGCCAGCACAAAACUUGACUUGCAAUAAUAUUUUCAGUUUUACAAUAUAAGCUGUUAGCAAAGCAGUUAUUGUUGUCUUUGAAUCAUGCCAUCCCUAGUAACAAUGGCAUCUGGGAGUAUCAUUGCAUCAGAAUUGUAUCGCCAGUUAACUUCUCGGCAUGCUCAUAAUGCAUUCUUGCCAAACAAUAAAUAAAUAAAAAUCCGAAACUAGAUAUGCUUAGUUUCGAAAACACUCCACCCAGCCAAAUUCCUCUCCAAGACUGCUCUUGAUUCCAUUUUUAAACAUAUUCUACCUACUUGCCCUUUAAAAGCAACAAGGAUUUGAGCCUAAUAGCAAGUCCUCACUGCAUGAGGUGUUUCUGCUGUUUGCAUGGUGACUGUAUGUGGGUCCAACAGAAGUUUACCUAUACUUUCAUAGCGGUGUGCCUGCCAUUCCUCUCAGUACUUAAGGCUGCAUUAGUUCACCAGCCAAUGGGCAAGACUGAGAGCAAAAUGUUACACAGUACUGCUGAAGCCUUUCACAUGCUGCUAAACGCUUGUGAUUAAUACAAUUUCUGACAAAUACGUUAAAGCCAAUCAAGUCAGGGCACUUAAAUGUAUGCAAACAGCAUCUCAUCCAUAUCAACUGGCAGAAUGAAGGAAUAUGGAAUGCUUGGGAAGAUAUUGCAAAAACAUGGUUAAUAGAAAGAUAGUGUAAGUGUGAGUAAGAAAUAAGAAAUAGAAAAAAAAGGGCUUGUUUGAGCCAGCUUUAAGUUCAGUUGACCUUGCUGCUUCUGAGUCCAGAUUUGGUUGUGUUUGGGCGGCUGAUACAAAUAUUAUGAAUUUGUUAAGAAAAGUAAAAGUAUAUACUUAGAAGUUAGAAAAUGCAUUAACAUUUCAACAUUUUACUUGUAUAUUUGUGGAUGCCUGAAGCACAUUUACAGUGUGGAAACGCAGUCACUAGCACAACUUUUCACAAUGCAUCUCAAACACCUAAACAUCAUACUUGAAUCUAGUGUACUCUCAUACAAAGAAGUCACUGUCACAGUGAACCUCCGUUAACCAUGGGUCAAAAAUGAAUCCCUUUGGUAAACGUAUAUUAAAAGGUAAUGCUAGUGAAAUAUCUUCAUAACACUUCUGCUACACUGCCAGGUUUUGAUACCACUUGCCUCUAUGUCAUGGCUUUGUCAUGCCUGACUUGCUGCACUCUUUCUAUAGACAGUUUAAACAGAUUGAUAAAGUUGGGCUUAACUGACUUUAAGAACUGUAUGAUGGGAACCCAAGUGAAUGGGUUUCUUUCUCUAUCGGAAUAAAUUUUUCCGAGGAACACUGUGACAUCGGCAUGCUUAGCUGCGAGGGAAUGUCAGGCAAAUCUGGAAUUUUGUCUUUACGUUCUCACAGAUGCUCCUUAGGCCUGGUAUCCUGGUAAAUCUGAACAUUUUGGGAUUGCUCUGCCGGUUUUGGGAGAGCGAAAAAUGAUUGCAGAAAGCAUAGUGACACAAUGCAGUUUGAAGAA